CACAGAGUUCAGGUCAGCUUUCCUGACGCUCGCUUCUGCUGCCGCAACAUGGGACAUGCUGCUACCGCUUCAAAGAUAAGAAGAUUCAACUUCAUGAUUUUAUUUCCAUACAUUAUUCGGAGCGCGAAAUUGUCUCAGCUCUCUCUAUAGAUCUUUGGAUGCUUUUGCCGUCCACUCCGGUGGUUCCCUGCGGUUCAGCUGAACUGUUAGACUGAGGGUUGCGCCGAAUUGAGUCUCACCCCUGGCGGCUGUACCAACAAACCUUCAAGUUAACUCAAGACAGGAAGUCGGGCAUAGGAUGCAGUUGGGGGCCAACUUGCCUCACAGACAUACAUCAAAAUGGGCGUCAUCGCAAAGAUCGCCCUCUUCGCUCUUGGUAUCUCAUUUUUCAUCUUCGUGACCUUUUUCGGCCGGCUACCUGCACUCAGACGCACGCCAAUUGCCUGGUUGCACCGCUUGAUAUGGGUUCACCUUCCCAACGGGGCUGUGAGCCUCGAUGAACGACUCACCGGACGGAGGGUGACAUCCUCCUGCACCCGAUUCUUCAACUACAUGAUGUACGACCGGCACCCAACCGUCCUGAUCUUCUUCCUAAUCCUCCUCGUCGGAGGCGAGUAUUUCUACCUCCCAACCGCCUGGCCGCAACUCACGCCCCUGGUCAAAACAACCGGCACCAUCUCCAUCCUCCUCCCCUACCUCUUCCUCUACCUGUCGGCCUUCUCCGACCCAGGCACCAUCACCCCGCAGAAUCACGCCCACGAGAUGGCCCGCUACCCGUACGACUUCUCUCUCUUCCACCCGGGCGCCGAGUGCGCCACCUGCCACCUCUUGAAACCCGCCCGCUCCAAGCACUGCAGCGUGUGCAAACGCUGCGUCGCCCGCGCCGACCACCACUGCAUCUUCAUCAACAACUGCGUCGGCGCGCGGAACCACCACUGGUUUAUUCUGUUGUUGCUGUCGACCGCCGUGCUGACGCUUUACGGCGGGGUGCUCGGGGUGCGGUUGAUGACGGCGGAGAUGCGGCGGAGGUUUCCCCACUGGGAGAUGCUUCCGUGGCGGGCGAACGGCGGGGCUGGGAUGGACGUUACGGAUUGGCUGGUCGUUUGGAGCUGGGGGAUGCAAGACGGUGGAAAGGGGACCGGGGCCGGUGUGGCAAUGGGGGCGGUGACGCUGCUGGCGUUGAUGACGAGUCCGUUGGUAUGGGGGUUGCUGGGGUAUCAUAUGUGGUUAGUAUACUGCGGGACGACGACCAACGAGGCGAUGAAGUGGUCGGAUUGGCAGGUUGAGAUGGAUGAAGGGUUUGCGUUCAGAAGGAGGUUGGACGGCGGGAGAACUAAGGAUGUGAAGGUUGAGCCGGCGUGGACGCGCUGGCCGGUCGAGGCAGAGCAGGUAUUGGUGAGGACCGAAGACGGGAAGCCGCCAGCGGAGGGGGGGAAUCUGCCAGGGUUCGGGGAGUGGCAGGCUGUUUGGAGGCUGCGAGACGUCGAAAAUCUCUAUGAUUUGGGACUCUGGGAUAACUUUAAGGACGUGUUUGUCCCUGGUUUCAUGUUCAGGGAUCCUUACGUGCCACUGCCUGAGGGGAGAUUGCGUCGCAAGAGGAAGAGGAGGGCGAGGAAAAUCUACCUGGCAUAAACUAGAUGGGUGGAUAGACUCAAGAAUAGAACACCGAGCCUUGGACAGUG